AUGGCGUCCCAGAAGUCCUAUGGCUCUCCCAGCCCCUCCGUGUCACCCAUGUUUUCUCCUCUCGGACGGCGGGGGUCGCGGGGAUCGAUGGCCACCACACAGACCGAACGAGAGAACAUGAAUGCCGCCCUAGAUCAGAUUCACAGCACAGCCUAUCAGUCGGGUUCGCUGACCCUAUUCAACGAGUUCACCAGUCCACCGCCACCAGCCUCUGCGUCGGAAGAGAAGAACUUGUCGGAAGGGCUUCAGGGUGGACUCAGUGGGCUCUAUAGCCGUUUUCGAGCUUCAGUCGGAGGUGGAGGCGGCAAGUCGGCGGAGAAGAAUGCUGUGGAACCACCCGCGAUCAAGAGCCCUGUCUCGGAGCGGUCGAUGACCAAGUCUGUCUCGGACCUGGCGGGCAGCACGACGGAGUAUCCGCCAUCGAACCCCAACUCUUCGCAAGGUUCGAGACUGCACUCACCAGUGGCGUCGAAUUUCCAGCAUAACCCAGACAUCGCGCAGCAUUCACAUCUCAACAAAACAUCCAAGGGUUCCUCACAGAGCGCCAGUGUAUCGUCCAAGACUUCGAUUUCGCCCGCUCCCGCUGGCAAAGCGAACAUUGCGCCAUUGACAAAGUCUACCGGCAGCUCUGUCGCGGUAGAUCCUGCCGUUACUCAACUGCAUGUGAAUGCCAUCGGUCAAAGCCACCGUUCAGCAAGUAGCUCGGGCAAUAUUGCAUCGGUCGGGAUUCCAGACGAGGUGGCAAGUAUUAGCAGCAGAGAUGGCCCUGUCGAAAAUCCUUUGAGUCAGACAUCCUCUGUCUUAAACCCAAGCGUGUCGCAUUCUCCGGUCAUAUCAGCAAAGAUGCAGGACAGUCAUCAUGAAGACCAAGGAGCAGUGGAUGCUAAUGCAUCGUUCGUCUCAGCAAUCCAGGCCUCCGAUAACCAGUCAAGGAAAUCCGGACUUGCAGAGCAACAGGGGUUGCCCGAAAACGCACUGGCGCCGAUAUCAUCGCGACAUUCAAAACAAUCCGAGCCAAUACAAGAUCUUGCCCCUGCACGCUCGACAGAGAGGCCAAACUCGAGAGCGUCUAUCGGAGUAAAUGAGUCAAGUGCACCGGCCCCUGCGUCGACCAGCAUCCACAAACUUCCCCAACAUGAAGAGGACCUAUACCAGGCGGAUGACUCUGCCAACAACAGUGUGGUUGCCAUGCCUCGCGAUAAAAAGAAGACAACCGAGUCUUCCAAGGCCCCUGUGUCGGGUAAAUCCAAGGACCAGCCGAGCAUGCCGGCCAAAACGGGCCGAUUGCCUGGCUAUGUGAUGUCGCGAGCGUCUACUGCCGAGUCUGUUACAACAGUAUCUUCAUUGUCACCAUUGAAUACGGCCGUUGAUCGAAGCCUCGGUGCAGGUCUACGCAACGCCCGUCAGCCAAUAGCCCGCGGGGAUGGUGUCCUCUCUCAGCUGCGAAGCAAACUACUUAGCAAAGAUUUCUGGAUGCGCGACGAGAAUGCGAAAGACUGUUUUCACUGCGGGGAACCCUUUUCGACAUUCCGCAGAAAACACCAUUGUCGCACAUGUGGUCAGAUUUUCGAUUCAAGAUGUACUCACUUGAUACCCGGAACUCGGUUUGGGCAACCUGGUUCCAUCCGUGUUUGCAAGCCCUGCGAGGCCAUGAUCAACGGGCAUGAGGAUGACUCUUCCGAGUUUUCUGACAGCGAGCAGAGCCCCAUUGUCACCAACCCUCGAAUUUCCGAGUUCGCUUGGAGCAAUAAUGGACGCACCUCUGCGGACGAUGACGAUACGUCAUCUGUGGUCUCUCAGUCGAUUGACCAAGUUCUAAAAACGCCAACAAUGGCCAUUCCAGCCACUCGCCGUGCUGGUGAGGGCCAUAAUAGCCGUUCGGCAGUCCUUGAAAUCAAUUCAGACCGCCCCUUGACCAGACCUACCUCCUCGCGGUCAUUAAGAGCGUCCUUGAAUACACGGCCACACUCCGUAAGCCACAAGCGUCACCACUCUCGUCAACAAUACAUCCGAAGUUUCAAAUCAUAUCAUGAAGAUCGAGCUCCAUUUCAGCGCCGCCAUGGUGAUGACUUUGCAUCUGAAUCUCGACUUCCUGCAUUCCACAAAGAUAACAUCAUUGACCCCGACCUGGCUCAGUACCUAUCAGAUGACGCAUCCAGCGGUGAUGAGCAACCUAGCCUUCUUUCUGCGGUUUCUGAGGGUUCUUUCGCUAAAGGUAGUGGUGACCAUGAGAGAGCAACCCUUGGUGGCCUUCUUGGCUCAGCCAUGAAGAAAGGUCGAUCCGCGUUCGGAGAUCGAAGUGCCCCCAGCAUAAGCCAUUCUAUGCGAGAUGCAGAUGACGCCAGCAUUAGCAGUUCAAAGGCUGUGAAUCUGCCUCGCACUCAUCGUCGUCGAAACCUCAGCGUUGCUAGCAGUCAUCGCCACUCACCACGGGCGUCAAAAGACACCAUAUUUCCCCCUGACAUCUCUCUGCAUAAUUCUCCAUUCUCUACUGUCGUUAGAAAUCCAGGCGGAUUCAAGAUGACCCGAAGCUCGUCAAUGAGAGGGGCAGGAGCCCCUCCUCUUGAGUUGAACAGAACCAGUCUGGAGCAUGUGCGCAAACUUUUACGGCAACUACUCGCGGAUUCGUCUGUGCCACAUGGUGAAGGCUGGGAGAAUGCUCUUCUGCCAAUUCUGUUGAAGGCCGCUGAUGAAGUGGAUCCAGAUGUUCAGCGAGGGGACGACAUGGAUAUUCGCCACUACAUCAAGCUGAAGAAAAUCCCCAGUGGCCGGCCAGGUGACACAUCCUACGUCUCAGGACUGGUGUUCACCAAAAAUCUGGCGUUGAAAAGUAUGCCCCGGAGUAUUCCGCAUCCGAACAUCUUAAUCAUCACUUUCCCACUGGAAUAUGCUCGCCAGCAGCAGCACUUCAUGAGUUUGGAGCCUGUCAUCCGACAAGAGCGCGAGUUUCUGGAGAAUCUUGUCAGUCGAAUCGCUGCUUUGAGACCCAAUCUGCUUCUGGUUGAGAAGAACGUGUCCGGACUAGCUCUGGUCCUCCUUGAGCAAGUUGGAAUUGCAACUGCGUACAAUGUGAAGCCAUCAGUUUUGGAGGCUGUGUCUCGGUGUACUCAGACUAGGAUUGUCACAUCCAUGGACAAGCUCUUGACCACACCCGUGCGCAGCGAGUGCAGCAGCUUUGACGUGAAAACUUACGUCCACAGUGGUCGAAGGAAGACGUACAUGUACAUCUCCGGUUGUCCAAAGGAGCUUGGCUGCACCAUCGUUCUUCGAGGUGGAGACGAAAAGGUGCUCGGGAAAGUGAAACGGAUCACGGAAUUCAUGAUCUAUGUGGUAUACAACCUUCGACUGGAGACGUGUCUGAUGCGAGAUGGGUUUGCAAAGAUACCAACAUCGCCCACGGGCGAGAUGAAAAAGAUCGACAACAACGGAGACAAGAAGAAUUCGCCCCUGCCAAUCGCCAAUGAGGGCGAGCAGGAGGUCUCCACUUCUCAGCAAGAGCACAAUGAGAAAUCUGGCGAUCUUCUUGAUGGAAAGCCACCCGUGGCGGCCGAAGCCACCGACGUUCCAGAUGAUGUUCCCAUGCCGACGUAUUAUAAUGAUAUGGUCCAAGACGUCGAUACCAAGAUCCUUUCCACUUCCCCCUUUGUCAAAUUCGAACCUCCCUACUUGCUCAUGCGCACCAGAGAGAUGGAGCGCCGGCUGGCCUAUCUGAAACGUCUUCGUGAUCAGGAUCAAAGCUGCGAGCCUCCUGCAGACGAGAAGACCAAAUCUCAGAAGUUUGUGCUCAUCACCCCUGAGAUGGUUCACGAGUCACCCCAUGAUGCCCCGCCUAAGGUCAAAGAAGUGCUGCAUGCGGCCCACGAUGCUGAAUAUGACCGGGCGCUCUAUCAUUAUCAAACUCAGAAACGCCAGUGGGAAGCCUAUGUGUCCGGUAAUGCGAAUAUGUUUGACCCGUAUGCUCAUCAGAAUGUUGUUGUCUUGUACAGUCUCGUGUGCACAACAACUUCUAUCCCUUGCUCUGGGCCGGAUAUCUUUGCUCUAGAGUUUUACAAUGAGCACGGCGACGACACGAUCUUUGAGCCGGAUUGUACAAUUGGGCAGUACGUCGAGGACCUCUGCCACUCAGCGAACGCAGUAUGCACUGCAAACGGCUGCGAGAAGCGUAUGUCUGAGCACCAUCGCCAGUACGUCCACGGAGAUGCGCAGAUUAGCGUCUUCGUUCAGCCCUAUCCUUCCAAGCUUCGAGGCCUGCAGGAUAUUGUCCUGAUGUGGAGCUGUUGCAAGAUCUGCGGAAAUGAGACACAGGCUGUUCCCAUGUCGGAGAAUACCUGGAAAUAUUCAUUUGGAAAGUACCUAGAGGUCUCUUUCUGGGGCAGAGAUCUACAUGCGCGCGCUGGUGUUUGUCCCCACGAUCUCCAGCGAGAUCAUCUCCGUUAUUUCGGCUUCAAAGAUGUUGCCCUUCGAAUCCAGUACGACUCGAUUCAUCUCCUCGAGAUUGUUGUUCCGCGGCCUCGGGUUACGUGGAAGGUGGACAAUGAUCUGAAGCUGAGAAACGAAAUCUACUCGAAAACAGAGAAGCGUCUCAACAAAUUCAUGGCGUCGGUGCUUGCGCGGCUGAAGGGGAUCAAUGUCGAGAGCGUUGUGCCCGAGCUGGCGGAUGACUGCAAGAAGGAGAUUGAGUCCUUAAUCAAAAAGGGACACGAGGAACAUGCUGCUUUGAUCCGUCAGCUGCAAGACAGGUACACCAGCUCCCGCUAUUGGGAGGUGAUCCCCCUGAACGAGGUGCUCCGUGCCGUUCAAGAGAAGGUUGUCGAGUGGGACAUCUUAUUUGCCGAAUUCGAACAGAGUUUCUUCCCAUCUGAAAAGGAUAUCAAGCGGAUGGCAACGCUGCAGCUCAAGAAGAUCUUCCUUGACAAAGACGCUACAUCCGUAACAGCGGAAGAAGCUCUGCAAUCCCCCACUGAUAUGGAGGAUGAGGGCACGCAAGCCCUGGAUAGGCCGCGGCUGAGGCGGCGCAUGACACUCUCGCCGGAGAAGGCGCAAAAUGUUUUGGUUUCGGUUGUUGAGGAGCAUACGGGCCGGAAACACCGCGAAAAAUCUUAUGCUGACUUGCCUCCGCUUCCAUCUCCACCUCCGACUGAGGCUGCGGCUUUGUCGACUGAUGCGGUGGAAGGCAAGAGGGCAUCUCCUCAGGAUGAAGCUGUUGCGCAAGAAGUCCGUCAUUUGGAUUUGGCCGUUCCCUCAGGUCAAUCUCCACGUUCGCCUCUGGACGCGACUUCGCCCUUGCACCGACCUGUGACCAAGUCAGAUGUGCUGGAAAUACCUGCUCUUGACAACUCUGCCAAACUACCGCCACCCUCGCAAAAUGCAGGACUCAUCGAAGAGAGCAAAGCCAUGGAAAGCGAUGCAGAGGGUGCCACUGCGAAUCUACCAAACACUCCAGCUCCUCGACCCUCGGCCAUUCCAAGACUCACCGAGGGUGCAUUCCGACGAUCAGGAAAAGCGCGAUCUCCGCCUUUGUUACGCGCCCAGUCCCAGCCCGCCCACCUUUCACGAGACAAUUCCGGCAUCAAAUUGAGUCCUCCUAACUUUGAUCUGGACACUACCGUAUCCCCCGAGUCACCCACCAAAUCUCCCGACAAAAAGUUCUCCCUUGGCCUAAGUGCACUGAAACCAGGCCGGUUCACUUCAGGGCACUCUCUCAUACCACGCUCUACCCCGAAUCGCAAGGGCAGCUCGCGCGUGUCAAAUCUGGCCAGACACUUCGAGCAACUGAGUCGCGAGUUUGAAAAGGAGAGACAAAAAGAACGACGACAGCGCGCUGCCCGAGGCACACAUUCGCGCGCCUUUCCCUUGGCCUCUUCAAAGCCUAUCGUGGAGGUGUACCGCAAUGUGAGAGAGGCUGUUGAGGAGCGUGAGCCCCCGGUGGAUGGCGAGGAAGUCUUGCCUCCUGCUCCGGGGAUCCCCUUAGAUGACAGUGGCCGAAAGAGCGAUGAGUCUGCAAGACAAUCGCCGGAUGACAAGUUGAAGGAGAAGCCAGCGGCACAGGAAUCUAUACCCGAAUUGAAGGACGUUGCGCAGCUGCUGUCUGAGGGCGAACCGGAUGAAGUUCCCAGUGACGAAGAUCGAGCGGUGGUCGAUGAACUCCAUCAGGUGGAUUCCCUGGAAGAGGCCAAGUCGCUACCCGAAGACGAUUUCAAAGACCUGCCCAAGGAUGAGCGCACAACACUAGUGAAGAUGCUGACCAAUUUCUGGUCUGAGCGGUCUGCCAGUGGCUGGGCGCCUCUUGCGUAUCCGCUCAGCGUGACGGAUCAUGUCUUCGCCGAUUGCGAUAUCAUCGUGCGGGAAGACGAGCCGAGCUCUCUAGUUGCCUUUGCUUUGGAUUCCUCGGAUUACAAGGAGAAGCUCGCAAGCAUCCAAAAGCGGUAUGAUGAGCUGGAGGACUCUCAGCCGGAGUCUGAGGAUGAUACCGAGUCCGCGAACGAGGCCCGCGUGGAGCACGCUCUCCUACGCGCCACGGGUACCCACCUCAAAUACCAAUUCCAGGAAGGUCAGGCGAAGAUGCUUUGCAAGGUUUUCUAUGCGGAGCAAUUCGACGCUCUCCGCAAGAAGUGUGGCGUGGCAGACCGCAUCGUCGAGUCGCUCUCUCGCUGCGCGAAGUGGGACUCCAAGGGCGGCAAAACCAAGUCCUUGUUCCUGAAGACGCUCGAUGACCGAUUUAUCCUCAAAUCCCUAUCCCCGAUCGAGACGCAGGCCUUCCUCAAAUUCGCACCCGCCUACUUCCAAAUCAUGUCGGAGGCCCUCUUCCAUGAACUCCCCUCCGCCAUCGCAAAGAUGUUCGGCUUCUACCAAGUCAUCAUUAAGAACCCCGUCACAGGCACCGAAUUCAACUGGUUCCUGCUGCUAAUGGAGAACCUCUUCUACGACCGCGUGCCGACCCGUCUCUUCGACCUGAAGGGCUCAAUGCGCAACCGCAAAGUCCAAAGCACCGGCGAGCGUGACGAAGUGCUUCUCGACGAGAACAUGGUUGAUUUCAUCUACGAGACUCCGCUCUUUGUCCGCGAACACUCCAAGAAACUGCUCAGUCAGAGCGUCUGGAACGAUACGCUGUUCCUGGGCCGUCAAAAUGUCAUGGAUUACUCACUCAUGAUCGCUAUCGACGAGUCACGCAGCGAGCUGGUUGUUGGUAUUAUCGAUUGCAUUCGCACCUACACGUGGGACAAGAAGCUUGAGUCUUGGAUUAAGGAUCGUGGAUUUGCGGGCGGUGGUCGCAACCGGCCGACGGUGACUAGUCCCAAAGAAUACAAGAGUCGGUUUAGGGAGGCGAUGGCGAGAUAUGUCCUCCAAGCUCCGAGCUGCUGGCACCAGUUCCAAUCCAGUGCAAUGUACCGCUACCCGCAGGGCGAGAACCAGUCCGGUGGUCAUGUAUCCCAUCUGGCUGAUAUGGAUGCAGUCGAUCAACAUGGCAAUGUGGAAGGCGUUUCGCGUUGA